AUGUCUACAGAAACCGAAUCUAGAGAACUUAAGGUUCUCAAUAUUAAACGUAGCAAUAUAAAAGGACGUUUAACUAAAUUUAAGAAUUUUAUCGAUAAUUUAAAAACUUCAGAAUCUUUUUCAGACGUAGAAUUAACUGAGCUUGCGAUGAAAUUAUCUAGAAUUGAAGCUUUGUUUAUCGAGUUCGAAGAGUUGCAAAACCAAAUAGAAUUUUUAAACAUUUCAAAUCAAGAAAUAGAAUUGACUACUCGCGAUAUUUUUGAGCAAGACUUUGAUCACUACAUUUCUCUUGCUCAAAAUAUGAUUAAAACGUAUUCAACUUCCAAGUCCACUAAUUGUGAUAUUCAUUCAAAUUCUUCAAACCAUUCUAAUAAUUCCUGCCGACAUAAUGAUAAUUAUGAAACGCUUGGGUUUAAAUUGCCUAUAAUAAAAAUACCCAGUUUCGAUGGAACAUAUUUCAAGUGGUUGGAAUUUAAAGAAACAUUUAGUUCUUUAGUUCAUGAAAAUUCUAAAAUUAAAAAUAUUCAUAAAUUUCAUUAUCUUAAUUCUUACUUGGAAGGUGAAGCCGCCCGUGUCAUUAGUAAUUUAGAAGUUUCAGAUCAAAAUUAUUCACAAGCCUGGCAACUCUUAUGUGAACGCUUUGAUAACAAAAGACAAUUGAUCAACAAUCAUUUAAAAUCACUUUUUAAUUUUGAAUACGUCCGCGAGACUGACAAGUCACUCCGUUUCAUCACUGAUCACAUUACUAAAAACUUGCGCGCCCUCAGUACACUGGGCCUGCCUACUGACAAGUGGGACGUUUUAAUAAUUUAUAUAGUUACAGAAAAGUUAGACAGCGCCACAUCCUUUAAAUGGGAGGAACAUAGAAAUAGUUUGUCCGAUAUUCCUACACUUAGUGACUUCUUCACAUUCCUAAGAAAACGUGCUGAUAUUUUAGAGAUU